AUGUCUUCUUUCGUACCAUUGAACUUUAUUGAGGAUCCUUCUGUUUCCAAAAAGGAUCUAGAAGAACAACAUACAAGAGAACUUCAAGUCGAACAAGGGUUUAAAUUAUUCCAAAAAGCUUUGCUAUUUCAGAAAAAGAGCGAUUAUGUUCAAGCAUAUAAAAUAUAUGAAGAGUUGUUUUUACUUGAUGUGAUAUCCAAUCAUUAUCUGGAAGAAGAAGCUUUCUUACGUGGCAUCCAAAAUGGUUCACAAAAUUCAUCCGUCGAUGAAUUAUCAUUAUUGUCACCAAAUCUUAAAUCGCUUCGAUAUUUGAUAUUCAGGAACAGAGGAUUUUUAUACUUGGACAUAUUGAGGGAACAUAAUGAAGCCAUAAUGAAAGAAAUAAACCUUAAAGAUUCUAUUUCUAGUACCGUGGACUAUAAAACUAAAUCAAAAGACCUUUUCUAUACGAUGUUGGAUGAUUUCUGUAUAGCAUUGCUAUACAAUGAAGGUGAUGAAAAGUUAUUGGAAACGUUGUAUCAAAUGUACAUGACGAUAGGUUCAACGAGACUUGCAAGAUUUACAGUUGAAUACUCGUUAAACUCCCGGGAAGAGAGUGACGAAUUAGCAGGAUUAUUACCCAUAAGUGAUUUAGCCAGACGUAGGUUCAACCACAUACUAGGCAAGUUGCAUGUAAACAAUACAUCAACUAAGAACACAGACUUGGAGCUAUCGCUCCAAUUUUUGGAGGCAAUGAAACAGGAUUUUACUGAUCAGCAAUUGGAAUCGAAAAAGAAGAAACUUAUGUCAAUAGAAUGCGCUGGAAAAGGAGGCAAAUUAAACUGGCUGGAUAUCCUUGACUCUAUAAACAAGUAUUUGAAAGACAACCAAGACAAUUCAAAGGUGGAAGAUGUUUAUUAUACCAGACUUAAAUUUCUAGAACCUUAUAUAUUAACAGAGGAAUCAUUUGACAUAGUUGAAUUGGUUAUAUCCCAAGAAGAAAAGGCCAUGGUCGUUACGGAACCCAUUCCCACCGUCUCUUCUACAGAUUCCGAAGACAAAAUAUUAGAAAAGGACGAACUAAAGAAAGUAGACGAUGAUGUAACUAAUGAUUCCAAACAAAUACAAAGAUCUUCGAAAAGAUUGGCUAAGACAGAGACCAGCACAGAGAUUCCCGAAAUUAUUCUAGAAAGGAAACAUUUUGGAGCCCUAAAUACAUUUAUGUAUCCAUGUUCGAAUUCUUCACAGAGCAGUAAAUCCAAAGAUAAAAUAGAUGAUAAUUCAAAGCUUCUAGAUUUAUUGAGUGAGUUCGGAGGAGGAACCAAUCAGACGGAAAAGAAAAUGUACCGAAAUAUAUCGGAAAUAGAGACUUCCGACAAAAUUAUUGAGUUUGUCAAAGAAAUGAACCGAAGAAAGCCUAAUUUUGAAGAAGCAAAACUUUCCAUUAUACGACACCUUUUGGGCACAGACGAAACUGCAUUGAUUAUAGAAUCUGAAUGGGACGCUAAACUAUACAAUAAAGUCAAGGAUUGGGUAGUAGAAUUUGAAAUUUAUAUCUAUGAUUUAUUAAAUACACGGAAACCAAGCAUUGGCGAUUUGAAGUUGGCCGUUUCUCUAUUUGAAGUAUUGGUCGAUUGCUCGAUUAGUUUAGAGCUCCACAUUAAAGAUUUAAUUAAAACGAAGCUGAAGUUCAAUAAGGCCAUCAUAAAUAGUUUGAGCCAAGAUCUCCUCAAACUAAAUGAUAAAAUAAAUCGUUGGUCCAUUCGCAUUGAUGAUCAUUUCCAUGAUCUUGGUACUCAUGACGAAAUAGGUUUUGUAUUGGAAUGCCGAUUUAGAUGGGGGAAAAUAAUAAAAGAGAAAUAUCAAACUGCUUCUUGGAAUGAAGAUCAAGUGAUUCGAGGGAUGCUUGAGCAAUUAUUAAAGCUUGUGACAAGUUCCAAAUUUAAGAUUGCAAUCAAUUACCCAAACUACGCCAACUUUAUGGAAUUGACUUUAGAUGGAAUACAGAACCAAUUAACAAUGGUGUCUGUUCUUUCAAUUUUCUGGAGGAUUUUAUAUUCAGAGCCGCAUAAUGGGAGUACAGAAGCGAUCCUUCUUUUAGAAGAUAUUUUAAUUAGCACGGAACGAAGUGAGAACGAAGCCAUUACUUCAAUUAAAGAAUUCUUAAAUGUUUCUGCGGUGGAAAUGAGACUUAGCCUAUGGGGGAUACUCCUUCUGUUUUAUAACCUGAAUGACAAAUGGAAGCAACUACUAGUUGGAUUUCAUCAUUGCUUGCAUUUUCUUUGUGACUACUUAACUGGACGAAGCUACGAAGCGCUUGACACAGAAACAAGAUUCAAUACGUUAUUGAGGGUAAUCGGUUUUUAUGCAGAUAGCGUAACGCUUCUACUUACAAGCAUUGAAAAUAAUGGUUGGAGAUUAGGUGUUGAACUUUCAGAGAAUGAUUUGGAUUUCCUGAUAUUGUUUAUGUUCUUUGAAUUAUGCUUGUUAUUCGAAACUCACGAGCAGGCUAGUUUUAUGACAUCCCUACGUUCAUCGAUUCGCGAAAGAUCGCUUUCAUCAUAUGAGAAACUAAAAGACAUAUUAUUAAAAACAGUAGUACUAAUGUUGGCAUUACUUAAAGACUCAUUUGAAAAUGAAGAGCAAAACUUCUUAAAGAAAAUUAUCAAAUUGUUUCAUGCCCAAUUGGGCGCUAGUGGAAUCUGCAGUGCAUCCCAAGGUAUUUUUUUGGCCAUUUCCCAAGAGUAUUUGAGUGAACUUCCAGAAAGUGAUGAAGACAUUGCCCAGGUUAUUUUAUGCCGCUAUCAUUACAACAUAAAUAUCAAUGGUUUUAUUCCAGUAGACCAUUUUUCAGAGCGAAAAGAUGAAUUAGAUGAAAAUGAUUGUAAAGAAUUAUCAAAAUUUGUAUUGCCAUUCUGUUUCAAAAACAACCCCAUGGUAAAUACUCCCAAGCACGAAAUCAAGUCGCUCAUCGAUGAGAUAUACAAUGUUGUUGGUGACCUCGAUUUUGAAUCGAAUGAAGUUUUAAACAGAAAUAACGCAUGUCUAGAAUAUUUCCUAGAAUCAACGUUGGUAACUCCAAGGUUUGCUCGUGAUGCAUUCCAUGGAUUGAUUGAUUUAAAUAUGGACAAGAUUGGAACCUAUGAUUUUUUAUCUGGCGGUUUGUAUUUCUUGCAAGGGUUACUAAUAUUUGCGUCUUAUAAGAUACGAAAAAAGAAUAUGCAGAGCAGGGCAGUCGAAUUAGAAAAUGUAGUUGCGUUGUUAACUAGCGACCUCGUUUCAGGGAAUAAUCGGGUUGAAAGUUGGUUUCUAUUGGCUCAAGCAUAUGGUUUCUUGGUUGAAGAUGAUUUGAUUUGGACAUCUGACAAAUUAACUGUGAUUGAAAGAAAAAUUGCAACAGCAAAUAUCCAGAGAAAAGCUUUAAUUUGUUAUUUGAUGGCGAUCAACGGAAGUAUCAAUGAAUCCAGCACAGAAAGAAUUAAACCGAUCGUGGGUAGUUUGAUGUCAUCGUUUGCAAAAGAAAUGUUCAGUGCUUGUAUGGAACUCAUGGAUAUGCAUGCGUUUAGGGUUCUUCCUCAUGCGAAGUUUAUUCGGAAACCAUCCGGGGCAUCUUCCAUUACUAUGACAAAUUCCAGCGUGAUGACGAAAUCCCUUUGUCUCAAGAUCAUUCAACAGUCAUUACAUCUUGCAAUAAAUUCUAACACUAAAGAUUGGUUGGACUACUAUUACUUAUCCAAAGUGCAAAGAAAAUUGAAUAAGGCACCUUCAUUAGUUUUAGACACUAUGCGAAAGGCGUGUAAAAUGUCAUUCAAGUUUUCGAAAGCAUCUGACUGCGUUGUAGAGCCCCACUAUGCCCUAGUUUCCCUAACCACAAAGUAUGUGAAACAAGAUUUAAUUUCAACUAAGCUAGGAGUAAGGCUUUUAGUUACUGAUCCGAUUAUUCAAAUUGAAACUGAAGAAAGUGAUUUUUCAAAGAAAGAAUACUACAAGUUGGCGUGUCAGGCAUUGAGGAAGCUUGAUAGCUUUGACAAGAAGAAUUGGCAGCAUAAAGCGAAAUAUAGAUUAGCAAAGAUAUUAUAUGAAGAGUUUGAAGACGUAGAUGGAGCCAUUGAACAAAUGUCGUCGUUUGUUUCUUUAAGAGCCACCAAUAAAGCUUUGUUACUGAUUUGGAAACCAGAACAAGAAAGACCAGGGAAGCAUUUUUAUUACACAUUCCAGUACAUUCAGUUUUACAUUGAGUUACUCAAGGCUAAGAAAGAUCUCAUAGGCUUAAUUGUUAUGUUACCAAAACUUCGUAGAUCAAAUUCAAUCAUGGUUAAUUUAUACACUGCAUGGGAAGGAUUGUGUGCUUCUAUUUGCAAGCUCAUCAGACAACUGCUUCACAUUGGAGAUGUUUUUACGGAGACAAUUAUAAACAAUUUAUCUUAUCAAGCUUUUACAAUCAAUAUAAAAUCUUUUAUGGAAUUAAUGGAGCAAAAAGGUAUCCCGGAAGAUUUACACCCGCACUUGUGUUUUCUAUAUUCUAUUAAUGAUAUGAAGAAAUUUAAUAAUGGAUUUGGCCCAACCUCAUUGAUUGACGAUACCAUAGUCGGCAUAUAUUUUAAGAUCUAUUUACAUUUCUUCAAAGAUUUGGAUGUAGGACAUAGUCCUGCGUUAGAAUCUCCUGGUGCCAAAAAGAAGAUUGCCAAGAGGGAUAUUUUCCCUCUAACUAACGACAUCCUCAAGCAAUUCAAGGCAGAAAUAGAAGCAGUAUUGAAAGAGAAACCUGAUAUUUAUAAUGAUUUUGUUAGAAGCUCGCAGUCACGGGAAGUCAAUGAUAGUGUGAUCAUAAUGGAAGAGGAGCCAACAAGCACGAGCCAGCCAGAACCAAAUGGAGAAUGCAGUCCUGAGAGUGGAAAAGUGGAACAUAUCAACGGUGACCAAAGAAGCACCCCUAAUACACAAGACGACGAUAGUCAUCAAGGAAUGAUUACAAAAGACAGCUUAGAUACUAUAGAUGAAGCCAAGACCAACGAUGAUGAGACAAUUGAGCCAACUCCCAAGAAGGUUAAGUACAGCAUGCUGGAAGAUAUGAAGACCGCUGAAGAUGAGACAAUUGAGCCAGCUGCCAAGAAAGCUAAGAUUACAAUGCUGGAAGAUAUGAUAUAUCACAUUAUUGACGAUGAAAGUUAA